GUGUGUUGGAGUUGUUUGGGUUUUUGGGUAAAUCAUGUGCGAAUUUUUUCAAAAAAAAUCAUGUGAUUAUUAACUCCACUAUUAGAAAUUAUUCAACAAUUGUAGACAGUAAUGGCGUCUGUGCAAGAUCGAUUAAAAAUACGGCGAGAAAAUGUAGCUGCGUGGAGUACGAGAGAGCAAUUAUGUUUAGCCUCGAGUGUAUUGAAAUCUGGAGAUCAGAAUUGGAUAGCUGUUUCGAGAUCAUUGAGACCUUUCGCUGAGAAAGACGUUUUGAGACCAGCGGAUUGGUUUUCUCAGAAAUCUUGUGCUAUUCAGUAUGCUCUUCUUCUGGAAAAUGCAGACACCCCAAAAAGAAAAAAAAGAGAAAGUGGAGAAACAACGGGUGAAUCGAUUGUGAAACGUUUAACACAAGAACGAAUAGCAGAGCUUGGGCAAAUAUUAACACUUCAACGAGACGAAUAUAAACAAUUGAAAUCAGAUUUAAAUCUGCUUAAAUCUGGUCCUAUAAACGAUGAUAAAUUACAAAAAAUGUGGCUUGCUAUUGAGCAAGAGGAAAGAGAACAAGAACAGAAAGCUAAAACACACAGUGUAUGGUCAAUUAAACGUCCACAUAAACAAGAAACCCUAUCUCAAGCUACACCAACUACACCUAAGAAAAUUAAUGACAAUAAUGAGUCUCAAGAGACUAUUGAAACACCAAUGGAAGUAGAUGACGAUAAAAAAACUCAACGAGGACAAUCUACAUUACUUACAACAUUGUUAAAAUCACCCAGCCCAACUACACAAAUUCAAAAUACAACAUCAACAGCUCAAGUGACUUCUCCAACUAUAGCAAGUCUUCUCGGAUCAAGUUCUAAAAUAAUUACGACUUCACAAACUACUACGAAUGUUACACCACAGCUUCAUCAACUCGUCUCAUGUGCAAUGUCAACUGGAACUUCUGAACGACCAUCUGCAGGUGCUCCAACAUUAUCUAUGCUUUUAGCUUUACCAGCAAAUCUAUCAAAAGGUAUUUUGCCUAGUUUACCAAAUACUACAUCUCAAAAUUCUUCUAUAGACUCUCCUAGUACUCCUACAUCUCUUAAACAAAUCAAUCAAAAUUGUUCUACAGUUCAAAGUACUGCUGAAACUUCUGAAUUACCUGAAGCUGAGAGUAUGGUGCAGAUUAUAGAUCAUAUUGAUGGAGUUAUUGGUAAGGAUAAAAUAGCUGAUGUCAUUGAUAAGGAUGAAAUUAAUGAGAUCAUCGGAGAUAUUGAAGAAUUAAUUAAAGAAGAGAUUACAAGAAGUCCUCAGACAACAGAAGCUUCAACUCCAGUGGUUAUAGAAACAUUACCUCUCCUACCAGAAAAAACUAUUGAACCCGAACAACCUGAAUCUGAGAGUAUUGAUGAGCCGGUUUCAUUACCUAAUUCUCCAGAAAGUGAAAUGGCCAUUGAAGAGAUUGAUCACAGUACGUCAAAUAUUGCAGAAAUUAUUGGCACUGCUAUUGAACCUGUAGAAACUAAAUCUGAUGUUCCAAUAACUUCAGAAAAUGAUUUAUUUACAGAAGAUAAGUCUGAAGAGGAUCAAUCAGUAGAAAUUGAAAUAAAAACUGAAGAAAAAAAUAUUGCAACAUCUAUAGAAAGUGUUUCUGAUUCAACAGAGGUGAAAGAAGUAGACGAGAAAGUAGAAGAAAAAAUUAUUGAAUCCGAAGAUACCGAAGAGAUUUCUGAAGUUCAGUUGAAAGAUGUAGAGACACAGGAAAGUAAAAUAGAAGUAGUCGUUCCAGAAGAAAAUGACGAAAAAGUUGUUGAGAAAAAAGAAAUUAUUGAAAAAGAAGAACAGACAUUUAUUGAAGAACAUGACGAAUCUGAUGACAUAUUGUUAAAGCUUGAUGAAUCUGAUGAAAAUAAGAAGGCUGAAGAAAUUUCAAUUUCAUUAGAUAAAGAAGAUGUCGUAGAAAAUAAAGAACAAGUACAAGAAGCAAAUGAAGAGAAUAAAGGUUGUAUUUUAGACGCUAUUGAUAUGAAAAAUGAAGAAACAGAAGGGCCAAAAAUUGAAAAAAUGCUAGAAGUAGAGGAACAGACAAUUGAGAAAAAAAGUGUUCCUGAACCCAUUGAAAUAUUGGAAAUUCCACAAUCAAAAGAAGAAGAACGAGAGGAAAAAGAGGAAGUAUUACUUGAUACAGAAAAGCCAGUCGAAGAAAGCAAAAUGAUAAUCGAAGAAAAUGAAACAGUUACUGAAAUAGUAGAAGAAAAAAUUGAAGAAUCUAAAGAGGAAGUCACAGAAGUCAUCGAAGAUGUUAAAACUGAGGUUACAAAAAUUGAAGAGAAAAAUAAUGAAGAACCAGAAUCAGCUCCGGCUGUCUCUGAAGUCUCAGACGUCAAGGAAGAUUCCACAGAAAAGGCUCAAGAAGUUACGGAGGUCAAAGUUGAAAUUGAAAAUAACACUGAAGAAAAUGAAACAAAAAAUGAAGAGGCAGCUCCACUAAAAGAGGAAAUAAUAGAAGAGAAAUCUGGCGAAGCAGAAGAGGUUCAAGAAGAAAUGAAAGAAAUCAAAGAAGAAAAAAUACAAAAAGAGAUGGAGGUAGAAGAAAAAGUUGAAGAAACAGAAAAGAAAAAGGAGCCCGAAGAAGUUGAAAUGAAAAAAGAAGAAACGAAUACCACAGAAGAUGCCGAUGCUGAAGAAGAAGAAUCUUCGUUAACUAAACUUAGUGGCCGUGCAAUGAAGACUUAUUCGAAGAAGUAUAAUGUUGCAGUUGACAGUGAACCUGAAACGGAAAGUAGUGAAGGAGCAGAUUAUCGUGCCUGGAAAAAAGCCGUGAUGGUUGUUUAUAAUAGAUUAGCAACACAUAAAUAUGCUUCUGCCUUCCUUCGACCAAUCACUGAAGAUCAAGCCCCGGGUUAUCAUUCUGUUAUAUUUAGACCCAUGGAUUUAUCAACUAUCAAGAAAAAUAUUGACAAUGGAACUAUUAGGUCGACCAUGCAAUUUCAGCGAGAUGUUAUGUUGAUGUUUCAAAAUGCCAUAAUGUAUAAUAAACAUGACACUUUUGUUUAUCAAAUGACAAUGACAAUGCAGGAAGAAUGUCUCCAGCACAUGCAGAUUCUUGUACAAGUAACGGGAGAAGGACCUUUUAGAAGAGAAACAAGGACAGCAGCGAGUAGUAGUAAUGAUUUAAGUGAGACUAACAUUGUGAAGAGAAAACGGAGUCAUAUUACCCCUAGUCCUCAUGACUCUGAGAGUCCUCGAAUGAAGAAGCGCAGGAAAUCUGAAAAUGACUGAUUUUAUUAUUAAUUAUUACUUACCGAUAGUCUUUUCCAUUAAAAUAACUACCAGUCUUCAAUCUCUUCAAUGAA